GUUUUAAAAAUUAAGAAUGAAGAUUUGAAUCUUCGAGAAAAUUGCCACGGUUCAAAACAAGAGCGCAUCAUCGUGGUGCUACACUCAAGGCACCACCACCACAACAACUUCGAAGUUGCCGUACUUCCUCAAUUCCUUGUUGUAGGGUAGAGUAGCUUUUUGUUGGAUGCUUGGAAAACCAUGGCUUCCUCCGCCGACAAUAGUAAUGAAGACGAAACUGAAGUUUGGUAUGCCAUCCCUAGCAAGGAAGAUGAUCAAGAAUACUACCACAACCCUGUCACUGGAGAAUCCACUUGGGUGCUGCCUUCUUCGGAUGAUCCUCUGUUGAAACAGUCUGAGGAUUGUGAUUCCUCUGGGUCUAUUCGCUCGGAAGAAGUAAAUAAUGGGGAAAAGGAUAAUGAAGAAGAGUCUGCUCGGAAUGGGAGUUCAGAUGACGACGACUUGUCCAUGUCAUCUCAAGCUGAGCGACAGAAAAAGCGAAUGGCAGUCAUCUUUUGCAUCCUCUUUUCCUUGCUGUUUGUCAUGUUCGGCUCCCUUUCAAGCAGCAACAACGACAACAGCCCCAGUGAUGUUCUUCAAAAGCAAAAGAAACACAUACUCUCCAACAAUGCUGAUGAGGAAGGUUCAUAUUCGUCGGCGGCAGACGUGACCGUGGACAAGGAGAUGGAAGACAUUGCCAAUGAUACCCAAAAUGAGCUUGUUGAAACAGAACAAUCUGCAAAUAAGGCAUCACCAAAUGAUGGCAGUAUGGAAAGUAUAACAGAGGCAAAAGACGUCAAGCACAAGGCUCCAGAUGUCACAGCAGAAAUGCAAACAGAGGCAGUUUCGUCAGACAAAUACAAUCAAGAAAGGAAAGAUUCUACACAACAAGCAGAUACAUCAGACACUGAACUAGAAAAUCCCCCUGAUGAAAUGCUUGUGGGUGAUCAGCAGCAGGUUUUCGGAGAAGAAGGCUCGGACGAAAACCAAAUGGAUGGGUCGUCCCACGGUUAUGUCAAUGAGCAGUUGGAUGGCUCAGUAAACGAUGACUUGGUGGAUGCUGUCAAUGAAACAUGUGCAACAGAUUCCGUCGAUGCUUGUACCACCAAUAGCUUUGAUGAAUCAUCAAAGAUAGACACUGACUCAGCUGGUUUGGAAGCUGAGAAAGAUGCAGCCGAGACAACAACAAACACAGAGACGGAUGAAGACAAGACAUCCACAGCCGAAGCGAUAACAACCCAUGAAGACCAAGAUGAGAAAGAUACAUUCCAGGCAGCCACAAACCACGAGGACAAAGGUGUCGAACCUGAUCUUGAUAAGAAAGUGGAUGAUACAAGUAUUAAAAGGCUGCAAGAAGAACUGCAACACACAAGUCCUCUUCCAGAGGAUGCUGCCAAAAACAGCAAUGACGAAGAGACGAUUUCGGGAGACGAAGCCAUGCAUACCUUGGAAGCGGAGGGAUUCGAUGCUGGAGGUGUCCAAGAUGAUUUGAUCAUACUCAAUGUCAAUGACUCGGAUGAGCCUACUGCAGACGACAAUGAACCUCUUGAAGAAGGAUCACAAGAAGCAACCAUGGAAACAGAGACGUCCACCGCGGCGAUCGCUGCCAACAGAGUCUCUACGGAGGUGGUAGAAAGUUCUGACCUGAUGGGCGAAAGCCUCAGGGAUCAGUCCACUGAUUUGGAAGAACCAGCAUCUACAGUGGAGGGCAAGAAUGGACCACGAGCUCUUGAUCAGACAAUGGCAGAAGAAGCCAGGGAUAAUAUUACUGAAUCCAUUGAGGAGCAAAUGAAUCUUCUAACAGAUGAAAAUCAAGAGAUGCCAGGGGAGGCAGUCACCGGAAAUACAAUCCCUGAGUCUGCGAACGAUCAAACGAGUCAUGUACCGGUAGAAGACACAACAGGAGAAUCUGGGGUAGUAGAUGACUCGAUCGCUGCGUCCGCGGAUGAUCAAACGAGUACCGUAGACAACAAACCUGCUUCUAUCGAGCCAAUUCAACUGGAUUGGGAUACAAUUCGCAAAGCAACAAACAUACCGUCCAGGCCAGAUGAUCAUUCAAGUACAGGGACAAUAUCAUAUCCAGUGGGAGUGGGGGAAGCCAUGCUAAUGAGACUGGAAAUAGAACUGGAUGACGUCGGAUAUAAAAUCAAGCAGGGAACAGACUCGGUUUCUCUAGUUGAAAAAGAAACACUGGCCAGGCCAGCAACACGAGGCAGAGAAAAGGAUAAAUGGCUGAAUCGAGUAUGCAGGUUGCCACUUGGGCGAAAGAUCAUAAGGAAAUGCCAAAGGUUCUAUCCUUCAAUGAAAGCGAAAGCUGAACGAUCGUAAAUGAGUAGGUACCUCAAAACACACUAGUGAAGAAAGAUCUACCUAGUUGCAGUGCUUUCUACAAUGUUGCAGCUACUUUUUUAUGGAACCGAUCGCUUGGCCAAAAAGUGCAGUACCGAGGGGAAGUUGGCAAGCAAGGAGGUGGAGAUCACUAGUCGGGUAUCUGGUCCUCUAGCUAGCCAGUAGUACAGACAUGAGGAAUCAAAAGGAGCGGUGGAAUUUACACGCUUUCGUUUGCAGUUGGUCCUCGGACGGUGCGUGCACUGAUUUGAUUCACUUGGGGUUUGCUACCGUACAGUCUACGAGUGAGAGUGUAGCUUCAUUCCUUUGUCCUGGAAUUCAGUGUUGGUCCGGGCUGCAAAGGCUUCUCCAUCCCUCUGGCGUUUUCUUUGACUGCCUGUGCCCCCCAUCUGAUGGCUACCUUUAGAACCGGAGUUCGGGUGUGGAAACCAGCUAGCUACAUAGUUAGGAAGGUACAGCACGGAAGACUCGGACAGGGCUACAGUGUGGCUACACUUAUUUACUACACUACGUCGUUGC